GACCUCCGGGCCUCACCCACCCUACCCACCCGGACCCUGAGGCCCCUGAUCGUGAGGGGCGCCUCCUCGCGUCCCUGCAGCCCAGGCCUCUGUCCGGGACAGAGAGGCGCCGGCGGGUGGGAUCCCUGUUUCCGACACCCCGUUGAUGCGGUCGGCAGAGCGAGACUGGCGGAGGGCAAAGGCCUGCAGGCGCGACUGAGGCAGGAGGAUGCGGAACACGGGGACAUCGUGUGUCUACUGGGAAAGAAGUGUGAGCCGGAGUUAUUUCUUUUUUUUUUUGAGACGGAGUCUCACUCUGUCGCUGAGGCUGGAGUGCAGUAGCGCGAUCUCGGCUCACUGCAACCUCCGUCUCCCAGGUUCAAGCGAUUCUCCUGCCUCAGCCUCCCGAGCAGCUGGGAUUACAGGCGUGUGCCACCACGGGGUUUCACCAUGUUGGCUAGGCUGGUCUCGAACUCCUGACCUCAGGUGAUCCGCCCGCUUCGGCCUCCCAAAGUGCUGGGAGUACAGGCGUGAGCCGCCGCGCCUGGCGGAGGCGGAGUUGUCUCUUCAGUACCAGGCUGAGGGUUGAACUUUGACUGUGAAGACGCUAGAACCAUGGACAGUUUUGAACAAAGGAGGAAAUCUGUGUUAGAGUUACGAUUCCCAAAACAUGUUCAAAGGAAGAACAGAGUUGAAGGCAGUGAUGAGGACAUUGAGGCAUUGAGAGGUGACAUUUAGCACUGGGCCACAAGAUUAGAGACUCAGUCUGAGGUCAUCUGGCUGCAGGGCCAAAAAAAGCUUACAGAGAAGCCUAUCAAAUCCGAGCACGGACACAUUUGUGAAAGCCCUGCCUUUUGGCACACCUCAUGGCUACAGAAGCACUUAGGGAACCCACAGAAGGAAGUAGGGGAUGCUCUAGUCCCUCACUGGUCCUCAUCCUAACCCACAUGUCUAGAUCUUGGCGUCUUUUUUUUUUUUUUUUUUUUUCCGGCGACGGGUUCUCACUCAACACCCAGGAUGUAUUGCAGUGACGCGAUCACGGCGCAGCAUAGCCUCGACCUCCCUGGGCUCAGGAGAGCCUCUCAUCUCAGUCUCCCGAAGCAGUGUGACCUUUGAAGAUGUGGCUGUAAACUUUUCCAUGGAGGAAUGGAGUCUUCUUAAUGAGGCUCAGAGAUGCCUGUACCGUGACGUGAUGCUGGAGACCUUGACACUUAUAUCGUCCCUGGGUUGUUGGCAUGAAGGGGAAGAUGAGGCAGCACCUUCUAAGCAGAGCACGUGUAUAUAUAUAUACAAAGAGCAGGGAGGUCAUAGUGGAGAAAGGCCUUAUGAGUAUGGGGAAUAUAGGAAAUUAUUUAAGAACAAGUCCUUCCUCACUGAACCCAGAAGAGAUCACAAACACAGGAAUGUUCGCACUGGAGAAAGGCCUUAUGAGUGCAGCAAAUAUGGGAAAUUAUUUCACCAAAACCCUACAUUCCAUAUUCAUGAGAGGUUCCAUACUGGGCAAAAGACCUAUGAGUGCAGUGAGUGUGGAAAAUCAUUUCACCAAAGCUCUUCACUCUUGCAGCAUCAGACACUUCAUACUAGAGAAGGGGCUUAUGAGUGUAUUGAAUAUGGGAAAGCCUUUGCUGAAAAGUCCAGUCUCAUUAACCACAGAAAAGUUCACUCUGGAGCAAAGCGUUAUGAAUGCAAUGAAUGUGGGAAAUCCUUUGCUUAUACAUCUAGUCUCAUUAAACACAGGAGGAUUCACACUGGAGAGAGGCCUUAUGAGUGCAGUGAAUGUGGGAGAUCCUUUGCUGAAAACUCCAGUCUUAUUAAACACUUGAGAGUUCAUACAGGAGAAAGGCCUUAUGAAUGUGGUGACUGUGGAAAAUCAUUUCGCCGAAGCUCUUCACUCUUGCAGCAUCAGAGAGUUCACACUAGAGAAAGGCCUUAUGAAUGUAGUGAAUGCGGGAAAUCCUUUAGCUUAAGGUCCAACCUCAUUCACCAUCAGCGAGUUCAUACUGGAGAAAGGCAUGAGUGUGGGCAGUGUGGGAAAUCCUUUAGCCGAAGAUCUAGCCUUAUUAUACAUCUGAGAGUUCACACUGGAGAAAGGCCUUAUGAGUGCAGUGAAUGUAAGAAAUCCUUUGCUGAAAACUCCAGCCUUAUUAAACACUUGAGAGUUCACACUGGAGAAAGGCCAUAUGAAUGCAUUGAUUGUGGAAAAUCAUUUCGCCACAGUUCUUCAUUCCGUCGCCAUCAGAGAGUUCAUACUGGAAUGAGGCCUUAUAAGUGAAGCAAAUUUUGGAAAUUCUCUUGCCCAGGCAUUUUGCUCCUUCAAGGCCAGAGAGUUCACACUGGAUCAAGAUGUUAAUGAGUGUGACAAAUGGGGAAUAUUCUUUAGCUAGAACGCUAGCUUCUUUACAUAAAAGAGUGCUCCCACUGAACAAGUGCCUUUUGAGUGCAAUGAAUGUGAGAAAGCCUUCAGCCCUCUCUCAUUGGUUACCAGAAUAUUUACAUGAGGAAAAUACCACAGAUGUGGAGGCAAUGUUCUUUUUUCUUCAGUAUAACACUGGAGGAGACCCCUUAUGAGGAUGCCAUCUGCCUAAAUUGAAUGUCAUACAUCAAAUAGCUGCAUACAUUCCAGGUAUGUGGGAACUGUAUAGUAUUUUUCAACCUGCCCAGGUCUCUUGCUAGACUUCUGUGACUUACAGUUCUCUUCUAAAAAGCAUUUCACCUUUACCAGUUGGCAGGUGCCCACAGUACAUCAUUUGCCUAACUCAUCAUGAUCCAGAAGUAACUUUGAUUUUGUUUCAUUCAACAGAGGGAUUUUUUAGUAUCCUCAGCACUCAUUCUAUUCUCAUUUCUUUCUCUCCAAUGAGUUAGGCCAUGAACCUGACUCAUUUUUGGCACAGAGGACUCUUCUGAUAACUUGAAAAGAUGGACUACCUUUUUCAGGGAUCUUUUGGAUCUCACAGAAUUCUUAAGAUGGAAUUUUCCAGCCUGCCAGUCAUGAAUCUCAGACAGCCUGCCACCUAUUGCCCUGAUUUGUGUUAUAAUAAAGGCCUUGUUGCUUAAGACAUCUUCAGUCUUUGCAGGAGGGCAUGGAAGCUCCAAGCGCUUUCCUCAUACUUUACCCUAUGCAUCUCUUUAUCUGCAUCUUUUGUACUAUUUAUAAUUAACCAGUAAAUUAUUUUCCCUGA